AUGAGUAACCUUGGUACACCGGCUCAGCAGUCGGCUGCCGUAAGGUGGCCAGUAGAUGAUAUCGAUGUUUCCUCUCAGCCCGAGGUGUACAUGAGCGUUUUGUGGUAUGGCGGGCAACUGGGGCUUGCUUACUAUAACGCCAGUGACUGCAUCAUUUACUUCAUGCCGGAUGCUCCAGAUGCAGAUGAUCUCCGGUUGCUGAGGAAAGUUAUCGAAGAGCUGCAGCCCCGAUGCAUCUUAACGAGCGCAAAGCAAGACCGUAGCAUGGCAGAUUUCCUCCAGGCGGCGGGAACCACCAACAACGGAAAGGAUGGGAAGCCAGAAAUAGCAAUCUUCCCUAAUGUGGAUUUCGGGCUGAAUAUCAGCAAACAGCGUGUGCUAUCGGUGAACUUGCCCUUCAUCCCCAAGCACCUGACUGAAGCAGAAAGAAUUGUAUAUCUGGCAUCAAUUAUACCAUUUGAGUGCGCUACCAUGUUGCGCGCACUUGGAGGGCUAUUGAAGUUUCUGGAAAGGAGGAGGAUUGGAGUGGAAUUGGAAGACCCAAAUGUGAGCGUUCCCAUCCUGGCUCUGAGGAAGUUUGCGCUGAAUGACACAGUGCACAUUGACCAGGAUGCUUACUGUGUGUUGCAGAUUUUCAAGUCAGAAGUGCAUCCAUCCGUGUACAAAUUGGCAUCAGGACUGAAAGAGGGACUCAGCUUGUUCGGAGUUAUGAAUCGCUGCAGAUCUCAGUGGGGGACAAAGCUGAUGAGACUGUGGUUUAUGCGCCCAACGAAGAACCUGGACGAGUUGAACAAACGUCUGGAUGUCAUCCAGUUUUUCAUGCUGGCCAGAAACACAGAGAUGGUGCACACAUUACAAGAUUGCUUAAAGCACAUCAAAAAUAUUCCACUAAUUUUGAAGAGGAUGACAUUAUCCUAUACCAAAGUGAAUGACUGGCAGGGCCUUUACAAAACAGUGUACAAUGCUAUAUGCAUUGGUGAUACUUGCAGGUCCCUCCCCAUGUCUGUGGAACUAUUUUCAAAGAUUUCCCAAACUUUCACAGAUGAUCUUCAUUAUAUAGCCAGUCUUAUUAAUAAAGUUGUUGAUUUUGAAGGUAGUAGUACAGAGAACAGAUUCACUGUUAAGCCAACUGUGGACCCAGCCAUAGAUGAAAAAAAGAGUAAACUGAUGGGUCUGUCAGAUUUUUUAACUGAAGUAGCAAGAAAUGAACUAACACUAUUGGACAACAGAAUUCCUUCAUGCUGUGUUAUCUACAUCCCACUGAUAGGAUUUCUUCUAACUAUUCCACGUCUUCCAGGCAUGGUAGAUAAGAACGAUUUUGAGAUAGAAGGACUGGAUUUCAUGUUCCUUUCUGAAGACAGACUUCAUUAUAGAAGUGCUCGGACAAAGGAACUUGAUACAAUGUUAGGAGACUUGCACUGUGAAAUCAGGGACCUUGAAACAGCUGUUAUGUAUCAGUUGCAGACAAAGAUUUUAGAUAAGUCUGCAGUUCUUUAUGAUGUGAUGGAGUAUGCAGCCCAGUUGGACUGCUUAAUUGCCAUGGCUGUUAUAGCCAGAGAGAACACCUACACAAGACCUAAAUUAACCAGCAGGAAUAUAGUCAGUAUCAAAGAUGGAAGACAUCCUCUAAUGGAACUGUGUACAAGAACAUUUGUUUCAAAUCCCACCAGUAGUGGUGAAGAACAUGGUAAAAUUCAUAUUCUCACUGGUCCAAAUUCCAGUGGCAAAAGUGUAUAUCUCAAGGAAGUUGGGCUAAUAGUAUUCAUGGCACUGAUAGGUAGUUAUGUCCCUGCCACAGAGGCAAAUAUUGGUCUAAUAGAUGGAAUUUACACAAGGAUCCAAAGCCGUGAAUCUGUGUCUGUGGGACUCUCAACCUUCAUCAUAGACUUAAACCAAGUGGCAGCUGCAGUUAACAAUGCUGCAGAGAGAUCUCUGGUGCUAAUCGAUGAAUUUGGGAAAGGAACCAAUAGUGUAGAUGGCUUAUCUCUUCUUGCAGCUGUUUUGAGACACUGGGUGAAGCAGGAUGUGAAAUGUCCCCACAUCUUUUUAUCUACCAACUUUCAUAGUUUGGUCCAGCUUAAUCUUCUUCCUUCUAGUCCUCUGAUAUGGUACCUAACACUGGAGACCAUUCAGGAUGGAGAGGAUCUGGUAUUUUUCUAUCAGCUGAAAGAGGGUGUGUCCACAAAAAGCCAUACUGCCAAUAUAGCUAUACUGGCUAGGAUGCCCCCGCAGGUUGUGCAACGUGGGAUACAGGUUUCUGAGCUAUAUCGCAAAGGGGAACCUAUUCGUCGUGUUGAUUGUCCUUCAAAAGCAAACCAGCUUGCGUGGUAUAAGGCAUUGGUGGAUAAGUUUCUUCAAAUUGACCUCAGUGAUCUCACUGUGGAUUUGCAGGAAUUUUUGAGCAAGGAGGUGCUGUCAUUUGCAACACCUGAGCUUUAA